AUGUCGAACAAGAAACAUGAUCUCGCCAUCAUCACUAGUACCACCACUAGGAUCACAGCUGUGGUGGACACAUCAAGGAAACACAGCACCGAGAAUGAUGAAGGUGGUGGUAGUGGUGGUGGUGGUAGUGAUCAUCGUCGACCUCACAAUGACAACGAUGAAAAUGAUCGGAAUUCUAUGAGUUCUGGAUCGGAAGAAUUGAUCACUUCCGACCCUCCUCAUGAUCAAAAUCAUUCCACCAUGUCCAUGAUGGACCACAAGAUUUCUUCGACACAACAAGAUUCAACAAUUCAAUUUCUAUCUUGUCCUUCCAAUCUUGAUAAUCCUUCACCACCACAAGAUAAAUAUCAUCUUGUCACAAUUAUUUUCUUCUUACAGGGAAUGGGUGAAUUAUUUCCAUGGAAUGCAAUGUUGUCUGCAGUCGAUUAUUUAUUGAAAUUAUAUCAUGCUCAAAGAAUUAUGCUUUGGAUGACCUCUGUUUAUUCUCUUUCCACAUUAAUUUCUUUAUUUGUUUUAAUCAAAUAUGGAACCUAUAUUCGAUAUUUAUUUAGAAUCUACAUUCCUUAUUUUAUACUCACUAUAUUGUUAAUCAUUGUACCAUUAUUAUAUGUUGUGAUUAAUCAUCGAGAAAUUGAAUUUUAUAUCAUUUUGGGAUUGGUUGUCUUGAUGGCAAUUUGUACUGGAAGUAUUCAAAGCUCUAUUUAUGGAUUAUCAAGUAAAUUACCUCAUCAUUAUAUGAAUACUGUUGUGUCAGGAAGUGCAUUUGCUGGAUUAUUUAUUACUUGUUUAAGAAUAUUGACAAAAAUCACUAUUGAGAGAGGAUACGAUGGAGAUGUUCCUAUUCGUAUUCUCUCCAUGUCGACCAUUAUUUAUUUUGCAUGUUGUGCAUGUUUGAAUGUGGUGUGUUUAAUUACUUUUUAUUUCUUGACAAAAACUCGAGUGGUGAAAUAUUACACAAAUGACAUGAAGAAUACUGGUGACAUGACCACUACGACAAAUGAUCCUGGUGAUUUUAAUAAUAUCAUUACUAAUAACAAUAAUAUUAAUAAUAUCCAUAUUAAUAUUAAUAGUAAUAACAAUAAUAAUAACAAUAGUAAUAUUGAAUUAAAUGCAACUACUGCACCAACUACUACGAUUUUCACACAAAAAAGUCAUCAUGAAAUAACUUCGAUUAAGAAUAUUGUGACUAAUAUUGGAAAGAAAAUAUGGAUUUAUGCAUUGAGUGUGUUUUUAGACUUUUUUGUAACACUUACUGUAUUCCCUGGUUUGAGUAGUAGUGUUGAAACUAUUUAUGUUGGAACAUCUAUGGAAACAUGGUUACCAGUGUGGACAAAUUUAACAUUUCAAAUUUAUGACUUUGUUGGAAGAAUUGCCUAUUAUUGGAUUGAUUUCUUUCCUAUUCAACAUGGAAAUUAUUCAGAAACAAUGUUGGAUUCUAAGAAUACUCCUACUCCUACUCAGAUCAGUAUUUCUAAUGACUUCAUGAAUCAUUUAAUGGAUUCUUCUAUUGACAAUCCUUCUCAAUUCAAGAAAUUCAAUCUAUGGAAUGCAUGUCAAGUUGAAAAAAUGGAAAUAGUGUUGUUUUUGAUUAUUGCAUUAAGAAUUUUGUUUAUUCCUCUCUUUAUAUUUUGUUUAAAUCCAAAGAUAUUCAAUCAUGACAGUAUUCCUUUGAUUUUGGUAUUUUUAUUGUCUUUAUCUGGGGGAUAUCUAAAUAGUGUCUUAAUGUCGAAUGCACCAAAGAAAUUUACAAAUUUGCAUGAAAAGGAAAUUACUGCAACCAUGAUGACCUUCUUUUUAUUAUUUGGAAUUACUGUGGGUUCAAAUACAGGUCUUGGUAUAGGAUUACUGGUAUUGAAAUAA